AACUGAACCUCCCGCUCUAUUCUCCAUACGGAGUACGGAGUACAUAGUAGACAGAUGCGCCAGACCGGUAUAAGAUAGUCGGAGACCAAGUUUGUUUGACAGCCGAUGCCCAAGGGAAACGAUCGGAACGGACAAGGAAGAGCUUCAUCGGCGUUGAGCUGGCUAGUCAGUCCCCAAGGCCCACCCAAACUCUUCGGGUACAUAGUUAAACCUGACCUCAUCGCUCGCGCAAACAAAGAGCUCUCUCCCCCAAAGCGAUCCGGAGACAGCUCAGCUGUCAAACAGCUUUGCGAGCCGCUUGACGUGUCUCUCACUAUAAACUUACCUAAACCUACCGAAUCUAUCCCUUUACCAUUGUCUCACACCCACACAUUCACACCAUCAUCAACCUUCGGCGCCCGCCCCAUUUGAGACCAUCGCUACUCGCUCUCAUUUUAUUGACAUUUGUUUUAUGAUUAUUAUGAGUGCUGUCCGCUGCGCCAGUAACCGACUUGCCCCCCGCGCUUGUCUUCAUCGCCAUUUCAUCCUGCCCGAGUCCACUGCUCGUCGGACUAGCCGAAGCUGUGGAAGCUGAACAGGAGAAUUGAGGCAAGGGGAAAACAAAAGGAGAAAUAAAGUAAUAGCCUCCGGCCUGAGUGGGAAAUUACCCCAAGCGGGCGGGAGAUAACGUGCGGAUCAUUGAGGAUAGGGUAAGGGACGGAUAGUAAAGUUGUUGAUCGUGACAUCCGUCGUCGCGAUGGCGGAGUUUAUUAGGGAUGUUCUCGUUGAUGGUUUGCGGAAGAGAGCGGAGGAUGAUACAGACCCUGACGAGUCCCCGGAAGCCGGCGAGAAAGAGCUAUUCACAUCAUGGGCUCUUUUUAUUCUGAUCAUGCUCCUGAUAACGGCCCUUUUUACGAGCUAUAUCCUGCAACAGAGGAAAGUUCAGGCAGUACACGAGACCGUUAUUUCGAUUUUUGCUGGAAUGGUGGUCGGCUUGAUCAUUCGAUUAAGCCCAGGAACCUUGAUACAAUCUUCUGUUUCGUUCGAUUAUCAAUUCUUUUUCAACCUCCUCCUUCCUCCAAUUAUUCUGGCGUCGGGCUAUGAAUUACAUCAGGCAAAUUUCUUCCGAAAUAUAGGAACGAUCCUCACAUUUGCAUUCGCGGGCACAUUUAUUUCCGCGCUGGUGCUGGGUCUUAUCUUAUACUUGUGGUCUCUGAUACCCCUGGACGGAUUAUCGAUAUCCUUUGUCGAAGCAUUCUCCGUCGGAGCUACACUUUCUGCAACGGAUCCCGUUACCAUUCUCGCCAUCUUCAACGUCUAUAAGGUGGAACCUAAGCUUUAUACUGUAAUAUUCGGGGAGUCGAUUUUAAACGAUGCGAUUGCUAUUGUGCUUUUUGAAACGGCACAGAGAUAUAGGCCAGGUCGUGCGGCGGGAUCCCUGACGUUGAUCAGCCUAUUUGAGGCUGUUGGUGUAUUCUUGCUUGUGUUUUUUGGAAGCUUGGUGAUUGGAGUGGCAGUUGGGAUGUUAACUGCCUUGGGCUUGAAGUACACCCGUGUGCGGAGAGAACCAAAGAUCGAGAGUUGUCUCAUCGUUUUGAUUGCUUAUGCCAGUUACUUCUUCUCAACAGGAGUUCACUUGUCCGGAAUCGUGUCGUUGCUGUUCUGCGGUAUCACAUUGAAACACUAUGCGUACUACAACAUGUCCCGUAGGACCCAACUCACCACGAAAUAUCUCUUCCAAGUCCUGGCACAGCUGUCGGAAAAUUUCAUUUUUAUUUACCUCGGCCUAGACUUGUUCACAGAGCCUAAUCUGCAAUUCAAACCGCUUUUCAUCAUGAUUGCGGUCGUUGGUAUUUGUGUUGCAAGAUACAUGUCGGUCUUCCCCCUCUCGAAGGCUAUCAACUGGUUUAUUAGAUAUAGAGCUAGGCGCCGUGGGAGGGAGGUUGCCGACGAACUUCCCGUUGCCUAUCAAGGCAUGCUUUUCUGGGCAGGGCUUCGCGGUGCAGUGGGGGUUGCGCUCGCGGCCGGCCUUGAGGGACCUAAUGCUCCAGCGCUUCGAGCAACAGUUCUCGUCGUCGUCGUCCUAACAGUUAUAAUCUUUGGCGGAACAACAGCACGCAUGCUUGAAAUUCUCGAAAUCCGCACCGGUGUCGUCGAGGAGAUCGAUUCCGAUGAUGAAUUCGACAUUGAAAUCACUACUGGAGGAACAUACUAUAAACACGACGGAACUGGCGUGGGCCACAUCCCACGACGCAACGGCUACACCGUGCCGCUAGACACCAUGAACCUAGACCGCGAAGACGUCGCGGAAGGCUACUCGAGCGGUAACAACGGCAGCAUCGCACCACGGCGGACUCACUCGUCUAUAGCCGCCAGGAAACAAGCAGUCUACGGUCAAAGCCGCAGCGAGCUGUCCCGUGACCACGCAUCUACCCAGAAUCUACUUGCAAACCAUAACGGGAAUAAAAAUGGAAGUGCCAGCGGUAGCAGCGCCGAUGAUGGAGACGUGAGCAGAAACUCUCCUUUCCCAAACCGUCCCAGGCCGCGUGUCCGCAACGGUGGCACACAGGAGAACGACGCGGAUAUCGAUGAUUUCGAGCUAGACCUUGACACGUUCUCGGACGAUGAUCUUCCCCCCGCUGCCCCGUCGCGUAGCGGCAGGGCACAGCCAGGAGGGGCGGUGUCUUCAAGCAGCACGCCGACAGUGACAUCUGCCCAGCAACGCGUCUCCCCUGCACGUGCUGCUCCUCUGGGUGCCGGUGCGGGGUUCCCUGGAGGAGGAGAGGGAAUAGGAACGUCUGGCAUACUGGCAGAGGCAUCGCGGGGUGCGGCAGGAUCUUCUUCCUCCCCGAGGCCGGGUGCUACAGACGUGAUCCGGGACUUGUUUUCAGGUGGUGCGAAUGUCGAUCAUGCGGCUUGGUUCAGGCAGCUUGAUGAGGAUUACAUUAAGCCGAAGCUGUUGCUUGAUCCAGGGUCGGGACACCAUCAUCGAAAUCACAAGGGGCCUGGGGCUGUAUAGAAUUCUCUCUCUCUCUCUCUCUCUCUCUUUUUUUUUUUUUUUUUUUUUUUUUUUUUUUUUUUUAAUUGUCAUUGCUUCUUGGUUUUGUAUGUGCAAUACAUAUAUAUAUCUGCAUCUCUUCGGUUUUACCGAGCCAUAUGGGGUUUCUCUAGUGUGAUCUUAGUUUAUGUGAUUUUCAUGGGCAGUGAAUAACGUAACUAUCUGUACAAUCUUCUGUGUUUUGCUUCUCUAUUAGAUCAUCCUGUCCUGUCUCUUCUUUCCAUAUUCAAUCUGUCUGGAUCCUUAGAACUGUCCGAUCAUACAAUUUGAAUUGGGCUUAGACACUCUUCUUCUAUCCUCUGAUUCAUGUCAACAGAGCGUUUAUCUCACUUCUUCUUUUCUGCUAUGAAACUUGAAAAUGAUUUUCAUAUUCGGAAUCUACACACUUGCCACAUAGACAGUUUCUCCCUCUCUCCUUGCAUAUUUAUUUGAUUUUAUUUGAUUGUGAGAUUGCUCACACAAAUUUUAUACAGAGCAUAUAGUCAAUAUUCUUCAUUUAAGCAGUGACAUUAAUAAAAUUCAUAACAUUUAGAAUAAAUUGAAGACAAUCUCCUCGCGCUCCUCACA